AUGUCCUCCCGGUCCACUCGCUCCAAUCUGGGCAACCUCGUCAACCAGGACCGCGAUGACGACGCCCAGAGCAAGGGCGGUUCGCAGUGGCGAAGGGCCGAUCGACGGGCCACACAGAGCACGACGACAAUACCUGGUGGCCGAAAGAAGCGAAGAUCACCUACACCUUCGCGGAAGGCACGGGCUAGUACAGGGUCUGGGGCUGUAAGGCGGUCACAAUCCGUUAAACGGUCUCGUUCGCGUGCGCGGCCGGAGGAGUAA